GCCCAGAAGAGUUCCACAUGCCAUCACUCUCACCGGGUGGAGGAGAGAGGAAUUAAGAUGGCGAAACACACGUUAUUUAGAACAAGUUUGCGAGUGGAAGAAAAGCCCAGAGCGCUCACUCUGUCACGCAGUGGAGCUGAGGACAGGGACAGGCACCAGCAGCCUCCAUUUCGCAGGAAACAUCCUACAGCUGAAACCCCGCAGAUAAGGAUUUUAUCGGGGCGGGGGAGGCACCUUACCCCCUACCUGCCGCUCCGCUACUCUCGCUGCCACACAGAGGCAGCGCGCCCCGGCCCAGCUCUCCCGACCUCCUUCCCACCUCCCGCUCCCCACGAGCGCAGCAGCCUCGCGCUCCUGAAGCACCACGGCCCGCCCCGGCCCAGCCGCCCGGCGCCGCCGCUCUCGCGAGAUUCGCGCCCCCGCCCAACGGCCGCUGCCUGCCGCGCGCGGCAGCCGUUGCCCGCCCGUUGGGGCCCCGCCCCCUCCCCCCGCCCGCCGGCGGCCGCCGCAGCGGCCGUUCCUCCCCCUCGCCCGCCGCCCCGCCCGGCGCUGCCGCAUCCGGGUCCUGGCGCCGCUGUCACUAUGGUCAUGGCGGAGGCGACGGCAGUGCUGAGGCGGAACAGGCCGGGCACCAAGGCCCAGGAUUUUUACAAUUGGCCUGAUGAAUCCUUUGAAGAAAUGGAUAGCACACUAGCUGUUCAGCAGUAUAUCCAGCAAAAUAUAAGGGCAGACUGUUCCAACAUUGAUAAGAUCCUUGAACCUCCUGAAGGCCAGGAUGAAGGUGUAUGGAAGUAUGAACAUUUAAGACAAUUCUGUCUUGAGCUCAAUGGACUAGCUGUCAAGCUUCAGAGUGAAUGUCACCCAGACACAUGUACUCAGAUGACAGCAACUGAACAAUGGAUUUUUCUUUGUGCAGCUCAUAAAACUCCCAAAGAGUGUCCUGCUAUAGACUACACUAGACACACACUUGAUGGAGCUGCAUGUCUUCUGAAUAGCAAUAAAUAUUUCCCCAGCAGGGUAAGCAUAAAGGAAUCCUCUGUAGCCAAACUAGGAUCAGUGUGCCGAAGGAUUUACAGAAUAUUUUCACACGCUUAUUUUCAUCACCGACAGAUAUUUGAUGAAUAUGAAAAUGAAACCUUCUUGUGUCAUCGGUUCACGAAAUUUGUGAUGAAGUAUAAUUUGAUGUCCAAGGAUAACCUGAUUGUACCAAUUUUGGAAGAAGAAGUGCAAAAUUCAGUGGCAGGGGAGAGUGAGGCAUGAUGGGAAUGGUGGCACAGAAGCCUCUACUGAACACAUACAAAACAUUAAUUAUGUACUGUAUAUAUCAUUUUAGACACUUCAAUCACGUAUCCUCAUAGCUUUGUUUAGUAUACUUUUUUGUAUGCUGUGUGCAUUGCCUUUUAAUAUGGGAAAUACUUUAAGUUAUUCAUGAGCUGUAUAUUCAUCAAUGUGGCACUCAUGGUUUUUAAAUAAAAGUAGUAUCUGUUUAUAAUGCCUGUUAAUAAAAAAAUUUACAGUUCUCUAAAAUUGCUGCUAAACAAUCAUUGAAUCACAGUCCUGAAGAUGUGUCUGAUUGGGUGGGGAAAAAGAUUAAGAUUUCACAGCAAGCCAUUUCCUAAUGCAGUAGCUGUAUUAGCCUUAGUUCAGAAUUUAUCAGCAUAUAUAAUUCUGCAGGAAGCUCCUUGCAAUGUAGCUUAUUCCUAAUUUAGGUUUUAUUUUUUAAAAAAGAGUGCUUUUAUUUUGAAGACUUAUUUUUGGAUGUACAUAUUCCUGAAUAUGUAUAUCUAAACACUAACAGGAACUAUAGUAUUAGUAAUACCAAAAGAAUAACUUCACUAUGCUAUUGAACAUAUAUUCUUGAUAUGUCUGAUAUACUUUCUGGACUUUUUUUAUAACAGUAGAGGUUUGGGUCUUGUUACAGCAGAAUUCUGUUCUGCUGUCCACAACUUCUCUAAAGAGUAACUGUGGCAGAAAAGUCAAUGGCUUAUACCUGUGCAUAUGUAUGGCAAUUGCUUACAGAUUAUACCUCAAAUAAAUAUUCCUAUGACACUACAUAACACACUAGUGUAGUCUUUGCUUGUAUUCCUAGCAAAAGCAUUCCAAAUACUUGAAAAAUUGAACCUGACUCAUUGCAAUAGUUAAUCAUAUUUUCAACCUGUGUCACUUAGUUUUCAUCCAUUCACCUGAAUUACACUCAAGAUACAAAAAAAGAGUUGGAUUCACACUUCUGUUCCCCUUCAAAUGUUUAUUUCAAGUUGUGUUUGCAGAUUUGCAAUAACGGACAAUUUCCAUGAGUGCUGCUUAAUUAUAUUAUGUCUAAAAUUUUUAAAGAUGAAUAUAGCAGACAUACUGCUAAGUGUAUGUGAAUGCAGGGUCUAACAGCAUUAGCAGUGUUCUUAUGUUAAAUGAAUUUUGCUUAGCUGUUCAAAAAGUUUUAAAGUUAGCUGGUUCUCUCUCUUAGAGGUUGCCAGGGGCCCUCUUUUAUUUGUUUAAGCAGGUCAGAAUUGACUAACUAAGCUAGUUUCUGUAAAUUAUACUUUGUCUUAUGCUUACCUGGGAACAAGGGAGUCCACCUAUUUUUAAGAAGUCUUUUUUCAUAAUAUACUGAACAUGCCUUAAUUUUUUUUAAAAAAAAUCAAGCACACCUCAAGCAACUGUACCACCUGGAUGUAAAGGGAAUCUAAACAAUGAGAAAAUAGAGAGACUAGGCUUAUGAAGUAUUUAAACAGCUGUACUCUUCAGCAGCUCUUUUUGUUUCAUGUUUAUCAUUGUAUUUAAUUGUCAACAGGAUAAUUGCAUGAAAUGUUGUUCGAGUGAAAGUAGCUUUAGUUGUUGUCUAUACACUUAGUUAUAAUUUGCCUUGCAUAGACCAGGUUACUUGAUUUUGAUAUAUAUUUUGAAGUUUGUAUUGCAGGUAGGAGGGCUGUAUUUGUAGAGGUAGUAAAGUGUAUUUAGUUCUCUUACAGUCUACUGUAGGACCAUCCAUGGUGUGGUUCGUUUGUACAGUCACUCUGCACACUUAAAUUGGCCAUGGUGACUGAGACAGGCACAAAGGUGUAACUGGUGUUGCUAACUACAUUUACCCUAAGAAACUGAAGAAAAUGAUGUGGUGCUCAGGACUGCAUUAAAACUUUAAACCUCUUCUUCUCAUGCUUUAAGAGUUUCUCUUUAAAACAAAACUCUGGAACUUUUAAUCGUGUUUGUUCUUGUUCAGAUUUGCACUGUAAAGUUGACUUGCUAUAUACUGUCUAAGCUGAAUAUAUAAGGCCUAAGUGAAACACCGCUUGUAUUUUCCCUUGCUAUUGUUUACAUGAGUACUGUGUACACACGUGUGCCUGAAUGGUACCAUGAAACUUCAGUUAGCCUAAGCAAACCAUCAAUUUGUCUAGUAAAUACGUUAACAGAUUUAAUUUACACUCUACAUAAUAGGGAGACUGUCUUUGAAUGAUAUUGUAAGAAAGAAAAAAAUGAGGUUAAAAUUAAACUGUUUCUUUAUCCAUACCAGUA